AUGAUAUUUGAAUAUGCGAAUGAGAUCCGCGAUUGCUUAAUCAAGGGGAAAGUUGGCACGACAGACCGUCUCCUCUACAACGCUGAGAUUUUGAGCAAAAUCUUUAUGGUUGCAUUGAACCCACAUCAAUUGCGAUGCACGUCGUGCAACAUUGUCAAGACCCCAGAGUGGCGAAAGGGACCAUUGGGCCCUCGCACGCUCUGCAAUGCUUGUGGUUUGAUUUGGGGCAAGUUGUCGAGGAGUAAGGCCGCACUCGCAGCCAAGAGCAAGCAAGAGUCUAACACCAAGGCAGCCGAAUCGGAAAUGCCUGCGAUGGAUUCCCAGACGACGGCGGCGACGACAGCGAGAGGAGUUGAGAUACCCAAACGGCCGGCGACUGAUCCUAUUACAUUGACGGACAUUGCUCGCAAAAAGCGCGGUCGUGGACGGUCAACAACACGCGACGACGGUGAAGAUACAGGAUCAGGGACAAUGCUGAACGGCAGCGAGGCGCCUGGAUCUGCCGGACAAAACGGGAGCUCUUCCUUUUUUCCACACAUGAACGGACAGUCAGGUUCUCAAGGCCAGGCAGAGGAUGUGAUCAUGUCUGGUGGUGUCAGUCCGCCACCGCCUCAACCCUCGUUUCGUCCCUCGAACGGCGAACCCCACACUGUCAAGGAAGGUGGAUACCAGAUAGACCCGUUAUUGGCUGCUGCAGGACCCGUCCCACCUCCGCAGUCACCAGAUACUUUGCCCUUUAGCACUCAUGAGAACCACGACAAGGAAGGAUCUGUCGCCGGACGCAAGCUUAACCUCUCUUAUCUCCUCGCAUAA